UAUAGACAACCGAUUGAUGUGCCUACACUCGGCUAUUGAUUCGUCUGAUGCAUGUGGCAAAUGGCUUGGCACUUCAUGCUUCCUGUAUAUUUAUGUUGCUUUGUUAAGGCGCGAAAUGUAGUCUGGUAAGUUAAGCGAGUUUCCCUCUCCAAUCACUAAAGACUUGUGGAUUGUGUAGUCUGUGAAAUAUCUCUUCGAACCGAUCAAUACAUUGGGCACAUGUCCUUCCCUCGUACGAACAAAAUUCGGUUGGCCGAACAUACGCCCGUAACCCAUGAUGAUCGAUACACAAAUUUUCACCACGAAUCUCACACAGAGCCCACAGACCACUUUGGUGUGGAGGUCCGACAGGGAAGUAGUCAGCAAGGAUCCGGAAGCCAGUGGCCCUUAGUGAGUCGCGGCAGAAUGUUGGCGGAAAGCGAUGAGGAGCGACAGCAGUUACUGCCUGGUGAUAUCAGACGAACCGAAGUACCCGGCAUAGAAAUUCCCGAUAUUGUUCACACAGGCUGGCUCGGCCGAUUUUUUCCUUUUGGAUUUUGCUACGAAUUCAAGAAACUUGUACAACUGGCUCUUCCAAUCACAAUAACAUCAUUAAUUGCAUUCUUGUCGGGGCCCAUAAGCAUCAUAUUUUGUGGGCGCUUGGGAAAGUCCGCUUUGGCGACAGUCGGUCUUGCCGUCUCUCUUUUCAAUGUCACUGGGUUUGCCGUGAUCACCGGUUUGCUCACAGCCGCGGAUACAUUGUUUUCACAGACCUUUGGCUCCCAGGAUAAGUGGAAGAUGGGCAUUCAAUUACAGAGAGCAUUUGCCAUUGUCAGCAUCUGCUGCUUCCCUUGUGCAGCGCUACAUUUAUUGGCUGAGCCUAUUCUUCGGCUGCUGAAGCAAGACCCUGUUGUCGCAAAAGCUGCUGCAGAUUACCUGCUAUAUAUGGUACCCGGUCUUUGGUUUGCGGCCUAUGCCCAAAUGUUCACAAAAUACAUACAAACACAGAACCGUGUACUUCCACCACUGUUUAUUGGAAUCGCAACAAAUGCAUUGAAUGCUUUGUUGCACUACGUUCUCCUGUUCGUGGUGAAAACCGGAGUAAAAGGUUCAGCAAUAUCCCAAGUUGCUGCUUACGCCUUCCAGUGUGUUGUGCUCCUUUCUUAUAUUCUGGUGAUCGAACGCCGUGGGGUUACAUGGAACGGAUGGACGAACAAGUUAUGGCUGGAUUGGGGCACAUGGUUUAAGUUGGCAAUGCCGGGAAUAUUCAUGACCACUUUGGAGUGGUCUAUCUUCGAAAUGGGCAGCAUUGUGGCGGGAACCAUCGGCGAGAAAGAACUUGCAACCCAAGCAAUUCUGUUCAACGUUGAGUCCAUGUGUUUCACUCUGCUACCGUUUGGAUUUGGCGUGGCUGUGAGUAUUCGAUUGGGGCACUUUCUUGGUGCAGGCUCGUCAGUUGGACCGAGAUCUGUCCUCUCUGUAGCACUGGUGACGGUUUGGUUGAUCUCAAUGCUAUUUGUACUUACCAUCGUGUUGCUCAGAUGGCAUAUUCCGAAAAUUUUCACGACCGACAGUGACGUGAUUCAGCUCGCUGCAAGCCUCUUACCGUUAGUCGCUGCUUUUCAAAUUUUCGAUGGGUCGGUGGGAGUGUGCAGCGGUGCGAUACGCGGUGCCGGUCUACAGUUUAUUGGUGCAGCAGUAUGCUUUGUCACUCUUUAUGUCAUCGGGGGACCUAUUGGACUUUGUCUCGUAUUUUUGGCUGGGAUGAAAUUAAAUGGCCUCUGGGCUGGUCUGACUGUGGGAACAAUAUUGGAAGGUUUGGUUUAUUUCACCAUAUGCCAAUGUAUUAACUGGGACACCCAAGUUAUCUUGGCGAGGGAGAGAACCAAAGUUGUUGAUUCAGUUGCAGUGGAUGCGGAAAAUGAAGCAGAAGUGGGAUGUCAAAAUGCGGGAUACAUCUCCGACCAAACUUCCUCACACUUCCUCAGUACUGCAGAUGACGAUGAAUCAAUUUCAAGUCCCCAGAUUUACCAUCGCCCUGCGACGAUUCCUGCACCGAUAUUCGUUGAUCGUCCCACAAAAUUUCGAAAGGUUAUGGCCUCGAGAGUUGGUCUAAUCGUAUCAGUGGUUGCUAUCUUCAUUGUUGCUGCCUGUCUUCGAGCGUUCCCACCGUGGUCCAAAUCGUACGGAUCACUAUGUCUGCUUCCCAAUGGCACCUAUGUCUCUGUUUCUCGUGGACCAUCAGCGCCACCUAAUUGUGCCACGUUCUUGACGGAAUUUUUAUACUGAGUUACGUCAACUCUAUCACAUCAUAUCGAAAGAACUUUUCAAAUCAGGUGAUUUCAUCAAGGGGUUUGUCAGUCCUAUCCUCUGAUGGCUUGUAAAUCACACAUGUCCCAUAAAAGUUAUAAGGCAGAA